ACUGGGAUGUUGGUGUUGAUGUCUGUAUGCGUUGUUGAAUGAGGUUCUCGGUCUCGGGUUUCGUGUGAUAAAUACUAAGAUGGCUGAAUUUAUUCGCGGUGGUUCGGGUGUUAUCAUUCAAAAAGAAAAAUUACAUGGAUCCCCGAGCACUGGGAGUGAUGAAGGCCACGACGGUGCUACGGGUGAAGAUUUCGACCCAUUUUUGGGAGAUCAAGAUGAAGGGGAUGGGUCUAAUAACUCGAUGCUUGUUGCUCCCCCAGAAACUCAGUGGUACCACGGUCGUCUGGACCGCUACACAGCCGAGGAGAGAUUGUGGGAGGCGUCCAAGAUGGGCAGUUACCUAGUGAGAGAGAGUGACCGCAAGCCCGGCUCCUACGUGCUCUCCUACCUCGGCCGAACUGGCAUUAACCACUUCAGGAUAACUGCGGUGUGCGGAGACUUUUACAUCGGAGGUAGACAGUUUGACUCGCUGCCAGACCUGAUCGGAUACUACACGAGCUGCUCGGAUCUGCUCAAGAGAGAGCGACUGAUGCAUCCUGUCGCUCCGCCUGAGCCUGUCAAUGACAAGAAGCGUAUAGUCGCUAUCCUUCCCUACACCAAGAUGCCCGACACUGACGAGCUGAGUUUCCAAAAAGGGGACAUAUUCUUCGUACACAAUGACAUGGGGGAUGGUUGGCUGUGGGUAACUGCUCAUCGGACGGGGGAACAGGGCAUGAUCUUCAGAGAUCUGGUAGAUGACCUGGAUGAGAACAUUGACCCCAACACAGUGUUUAACUGGUUUCACCCGAAUGUUACCAAGAGUGAAGCUGUGGAUAUGCUAGUCAAGUCGGGUCCCGGGUCAUUCUUGGUGCGACCCAGCGACAACUCGCCGGGUGAUUACUCCUUGUUCUUUCACAUCAACAACCAGAUCCAGAGGUUUCGCAUUGAGAAGAAAGGUGUGAGGUAUCUGAUGGGUGGUCGCACGUUUGAAUGUCUCGAUGCUGUCAUAAACCGCUACAGAAAGGAGCAAAUAGUGGAGGGACAUACACUGGUGCUACCUGUCUGUAGGUCGCUGAAUGACUCUGAGGCACCAGUCAAGUCUAAGGAAGUUCAACACGCAGAGAAAAUAUACGCAACAUUGCGAGAGUGCCGUGAACAGUCUGGCAUUAAGAAGACUAAAGGAAUCAAAAUGCAAGGCUACUUGUUCAAGAAAAGUGAGAAGAACAAGAAGUGGAAGAGCCUCUACUUUGUAUUGAUAGUUGAUGAGACUGAUACACAUUUAUGCUUCUAUGACAAUCCAAAGAGGACGAAGCCGAAGGGACUGAUAGACCUGUCGUGUGCCAACUUGUACCAGGUGCAUGACAGUGUGUUUGACCGGCCUAACUGCUUCCAGCUGGUAGAGAGAGCGUUGCCCUGUCUGGCCACUAUAACCUACCUCUCCGCCAACACUUCUGACACUGCCCAGGACUGGAUUAAUGCCUUGAAACCUCUAUGUGUCACUCAAAUGACAAGGUCGCCCAAGGUACAGAGGUUACGAGAACUGCGUUGCCUUCAGCUCAAUAUAAUUGACGCCCACAGGUUACCGUACAAACUAGUGCCAAACCCAUUCUGUAUAGUCUCCCUAAACCAAGUGAAAGUUGCAAGAACCAAAGUCAAAACUGGACCUGAUCCUGUUUGGGACGAAGAGUUCAUUUUAGAUGACGUCCCACCUGAUGUGGAAUCAUUUACAAUCACUGUUUACAACAAAGGCAAGAGGUCCAAGGACACUGAAGUCGCUGAAGUCAGAGUUGAACUUUCCAGUCUUACCAACGGUGACGAGAAUGAAGACUGGUACCCCCUGUCUGGAAUGACGCCAAUCGGAGAGUGGGGAUCUCUAAGGUUAAGAACUCGGUACUUGCAUGACCUGAUCAUGCCCCAGGAAGAGUACUCGCCCAUGCAGCAGCUUAUACUCGACCCCACACUGGAGGCUGUCAGAGCACUGGCCGACCUCUGUCAUCUGGACCGCAUGCCUCUAGCUGCCUCUCUACUCAGGAUAUUCAGGCAUGAGAGAAAAGAGGCAGAUCUGCUGAAGACGUUGAAUGAUGCAGAAAUAGAAAAAGAAGAAGAGACUUCAACGUUGUUCAGAGCUGCGUCACUAACCACCACCUUGAUGGACCUCUACAUGAAGUCUGUCUGUACGGACUUCUUACAUUCUGCUCUGAGAUCAACCAUACUCAAGCUGCUGGAGGCCAAACAAUCCUGUGAGCUGAAUCCCAACAAGAUGGACAGUCCGGAGGAUGCCUGUAACAACGCAGAGUUCCUGCUGCAAGUGUUAGACGAAGUUACCCACUCUAUCUUUCUGUCUGCUGAAGCUUGCCCCAAGACAGUGAGGUACAUCUGCUGCUGUCUACAGCGCUGUGUGGUCAGUAAGUGGCCUCAUGAGAGAUUGGUCAGGACUAGAGUUGUGUCAGGGUUCAUCUUCCUCAGACUGCUGUGUCCUGCCAUACUCAACCCUAGACAGUUCAACCUCAUAUCAGAACCACCCCCGCCCAUGGCCGCGCGGUCGCUCAUCAUGGUAGCCAAGUGUCUGCAGAACCUGGCCAACCUGGUAGAGUUUGGAGGUAAGGAGCCUUACAUGGAGGUUGUCAACCCCUUCAUCCUCAAGAACAAGGAGCGGAUGGUCGUCUUCCUCGACCAACUCUCUAACCAAGUGGAGAGGCCGGAGUCUGAGGGCGAGAGAGUUAAGGGAGAUCCUGCCAGAGACCUCGGCACUCUGCACCACAUCUGCGUGUCUCACCUCAAGGAACUGCAGGCUCUCAGCAAGACUCAGACGUCGUUGAAGAAGCUGGUUACAGUGACGGAGAUGCUCAGUAAGCACAAACAGAAGUACUUAGAGAUGAUCAGAUAGUGAGAGCUCCACCCCCCGCCUUCCCCGCCAGAUAUGACAUAGUCUCUACAGUGCCAUGUGUUGGACGCCGCUCUGCUCCAAUCUAUAUGUUUGCUAAUUCAGUAAGGAAAUGUGUGUACAAUUUUGCACUUGUCAAGGGAUUCCAAUUCGGAGACAUACUUUUAUCUUUUCAUCCACUAUAUGCCAUUUCCCCUUAACCUCAGUAUUUUCAAUCGUAAGCUUCAGAAAUUCUUAAGGUGCAGUUUUUGAGUGUGAGUUUUAUUGGAGUAGUUUCAAUAAUUGACUGGUCAAAUUUGUCUGUGCUCAUUGGAUAAAUGGGACCAUAAAUGACUUGUCCAGACUUGAAUCGUAUUUGUCUCAGUUAUCUGGAAAAGAUUGUUUUAGGAAAAAAAGUAACAUGAAAUUUAGGCUGCAAACAAUAUCAUGGAUAACUAGUUUCAAUAUUGCCCUCAGUGGAUUUAAAAACUUACAAAUCAGGGAGCAUCUUUAAAUUCUUCAUUGAUGGUAUUUCCUGUAAAAUUAAAAUAUACCUUACAACUUUUCUUAGCUUUAGUUUGGAUUAAUCUUUAUAAAUAACUUUUAUUCAGAAUACAUUAUUCACUUAAGAUUUUUAAAACCGAAAUUUGUAUGUUAUCUUCAUCCUAAGAUAAUCCCAAUUAUUCUGUUUGUUCCAUUUUAUUUGUACUAUGCUAGAUAUUAGGUCUUGCAACUCUAAGAUUUAAGCAAACUUUAACCAAGGAUUACUUAUUUAUUUCAAAGUUAUGUUUUUAGGAAAAAGCAUUUAGCUUGGAUUAAAUAAAUAAAUAUAGGAUGGAGAGGACACAGCUAACUCACCUGAUGAAAGGUUGCAGAUGAGUCAAAGA